CUCUUUUAGGGAACAGCAGAAGAAGAACUCAUUCCCGGAAGUCCAACCCGAUGGACUUCAUAACGGUUACUGCGAUAUGUUAUAAGUUAUACAUAAUAUGAGAUAUUAAGACAUAACAAUGUGAAGUUACAGGUCUUUAUAGUAGUGUGAUAACCAGCUGAUUUAGAGGUGCACGUUGCUUAAGGAAAUGCCGUUGUUAAUUCACAAUAGAGGAGUUGACCGCAUCAGCUCGACCGCGGAGCUGUUCGACUCACAUCCACAUUUACAGGAAAAUGCAAGAACAUUUCGCACCAAGCCACUUGUUGAUGUCGACCCAAAGUGCCUCUUGUAUGUCCAACAAAGAGAGUUUGCUGCAACAACACCAGCAGACAACUGUGUUUCAGUACUUGGAUCUGGUGAUGCCACCACCUGCCAUUUGGUUGUGCUGCGACACACCGGAAGUGGAGCUGUUUGCCUUGCUCACUGUGAUGGUUCCAGCACCUGGUCUGAAGUCCCGCUCCUCGUGAAAGCUGUGACGUCACUGAGUAACGUCAGUAAGGAGGGCAGACUUGAGCUCCAUCUAGCCGGGGGAUUUAACGAUGAGUCAAAAACAUCCCAUAAACUCAGCUUUAACAUACUGGCAGCGUUCCAGAAACUGAAAGAGGAUAUUCAUCUGGAAACAUGUUGCAUCACAGAAAUGAACGACCUCGUUGUUGAUGGAACUCAUAGGCCUGUAGUAUAUGGAAUGGGUGUAAAUGUUAAAACAGGGGAAGUGUUCCCUUCGUCAUUCACUCAUAAAGGACCUGCAGAGGAGCUGCGAUCGGCAAGGACCUUCACUGGGGGACAGAUGGCAGACAUAUAUGACUCAAGUCGAGGGCUUGUUAAAAUCGGGCCUUGCAAGUGGUCUCCAAAUCUGGAUAUUGCCUUCUGGUUGUCACAAGACGAUGACACAAUUUUAAAGUACCUGUCCACCUCUCCGAUGGCUGAGCCGCCACACUUCGUCCAGCACAUGAAGACCACCAUCCAGUUCCUUUUAGAACACCCCAACUCUGACAGCCUGUUCCCCGGGGGUCAGCCACAGCUCUACCACAGGACUGAGAGGGGGGACUGGGAGAGGGCUGUCUAGUCAUUUGAUAGAGCCCUACAUUACACCUAUGGCUCACUGGACCUUAACAUGGAACCUGACUGUUUUUGCCUCUCAGCUCAAUGGAUACACUGUGACACAUCCACCCGCUGUCUGUUUUUUGUUCAUCGUGUCUUAACAUGGUUGGGCAUACUGUAUGUAUGUUGAAUGGCUCUCCUGACUCAUCUGGCUGGUCCAGUAGAGAGAGUAGAGGAAGUGCAAGGGAUUCUGUUCAUGCCUGUAGCAGUUAAUUUUCCCACUCUUGUGAGGUGGUGAAAAACGUAUACCAUCUGCUGUGUUGCAGUAAGCUAAGGUUAAAGGGAAAAUACGGCCAUUUUCAAAAUUUAUACAUGUUAGUCCUAUGGUCUAAGACAGUCCAAAAAAUAUUUGCGAACAUGAACAACUCUCUCCAAAUCCCAA